AUGCCGCCCCCCUCCCUCUCCAAACGGCGCCCUAAGCGCCCCAGGGUCUUCCGCAGGAGCGCGGCGGCUUCCCUACUUGGGAUUCCGCACCUGCGGGAGACCCUGGCGUCACUGCGCCAACCCGCGCGUGACGCAGUGCGUCCCUCCCCCCCUUCCACGCCGGGGGCAGGGGAGACGUACUUUGAUGCGCCCCUCGCCCCCGCGGGCGAGGGCCCCCCGUCACCGGGGCCUCGGCGGUCGCCUCCACUCUCCAUGCCGGAGCUGGGGCCGCCGUCGCCGCCGCCGCGCCGGACAGCGCCGCCGCUGCACUUAGCAGCAGCCCCGCUGCCGCAGCGCCCCUCUCGCGCGAGCCGCUCCCCGGCCCGCUCGACGUCCCCGCCGCCGGCCAAAGUGCUCGCCGCCCAGUCCCCGUCUUCGGGAGAGGGCAGGCAUGCACUUCGACUGCCGGUGCGCGGAGCCCUAUCUCCCCCCCCGUUCCGAGGAGGGUUGAGACAGGUCGCGCCCACGCCGGCGCCACGCCAGUCGCCGGAGGCGAUGGAUACGCAGCCGUCGUACGCGGCUGUGGCCUCGACACCUCCCGCGACUUCUCCACGGCUAAUACCGCAGCGGGACGUACAUUCCCCGCUCCAGGCCAAGCCCGCGUCGCAGCCCGCUCCGCCGAAGCGAGAGCGUUACCCCCCUUUGGUGGUGGAGGUACUCCCGGACUGGGCUCGGCACUUCCGAGCCCUCCGGGAGAAGCUCGGACACCCCCCUAACGCCCGACCAUACGGGCGGGGGGUGCGCUUUAUCCCGCGCACAGGGGAGGAGUACAGGACCAUUCAGUCCUACCUGAUGGCCCUGGAAAAGGAGACCACGAUAUCGUGGUUCUCCUACUCCCUUCCGGCGGAGCGCAACCUCAAGGUUGCCAUCCGAGGGCUGCCGGUUGACACCGACCCAGCCCUCAUUGAGGCCGAGUUACGCCGACUGGGGUACACCCCUGAGUUCGUGCGCGCCAUCCAGGCGCGUUUCGGACGACCCGGGUGUAUUUACCAUGCCCAGCUCGAGCGUAACGCUGCGACCAUCCCGGGCAUUUAUGGAGUCACGGAACUCCUCAACAUGCCCGGGGUGAAGAUAGAGGCCUGGCGGGGCAAAAAGGGACCGGCGCAGUGCCACCGGUGCCAGCAGUUCCGCCACUCCUCGCACAAGUGCCACCGCAAGAUUGCGUGUGUGCGGUGUGGGGAGGAACACGCGGCCAGGGACUGCCCCAGACCUAGGGAGCAACCGGCGACCUGCGCCAACUGUGGUGGGCCACAUCCCGCCAACCAUGUGGCCUGCCCGGCCUUCGUGCGCGAGGCGCGCAACAAGAAGGCCGGAACCACAGCCCGCACCUCCUCGGGGCAAGCGACCAAGAAGGUCUUGGUCGCGCCCACAGGCGAGUCGAACGCCCAGGGGUCGCUCAUGGCGGCGGCCAACGGCCCGAAGAGUGGCCCUACGAAACGGCGUAAGAGGAGGCGCGGCAGGGAAGGAAAAGGUCCCUUCUUGCCCCAAAUCCCGCCGCGACAGCAGCCUAAGGAGCCGGCGACAUCGUCUGCUCCAAAGACAACCCCCUCCAUCCGACCCCCCGCCCCAAGCCAGGGGAAGGGGAAGUCGGCCGGAACUGGCGAUCCAGCCGCCGCCAAGAAGGCGGCACUACUGGUCGCCAUGGGGGUACUCCAAGAUGUCCUGAAGGCACUGGAGCAGGAUCUCGAUCCUGUUACAGUGCUUUUGGACGGGAUGAAGAGGUUGUUAACGGCAUAA